AUGGCGGUUCCACCCGCUGAGCUUGAUACCCCUGCUGUUAUGCAGACCUUGAUUGAUGACACCAUGUCACAGGCUAUGACUAAAGCCCUCAUGUCGGCCAUGGGACUAAUGUCUGAUUCCAUAUCCCAGACACUUACACAUGCCCUAAUCCAGGCGCAAAAAUCAGCGCAACCGACUUCGGCCCAGAUUGUGCCUGUCACAACUCCUUUACAACCUCAGACCGGCCGCAAGGCCUUGGCAAAAAUGAAACACUCCUCAAUGCCACAGAUGGACAGCCAUGCACCUGUCACAGAUGGCGCGUCUAUACAACCGCGCAAAAGAGCCACUAGCCGGGCAAAAUCGGCUAGAUUGUGGAAAAGGGCAAGGGCCCAAGUUGAUUCUGAGUCUGAUCUCAGCGACAUUGAGGAGGAGGCUUCUGUAGAUUCGGAAGAUCCAUCGGAUCCCGACUCAGAUUGCCCGGCCGGGGACUACGGCCAUUCUCAGGACUACAGUCCGCUCCAGUCGGACAUGCCUGUUGUAGACCACAAGGCACAAGGGGAUGUAG